CUCGGGGGCCCGGUCGCGAGGAGGAGGAGGAUGUGGCGCGCGGAGGGGAAAUGGCUGCCGAAAACAAGCCAGAAGAGCGUUUCCCAAAGUCUGUUCUGUGGAACUAGCACCUACUGUGUUCUCAACACGGUGCCACCUAUAGAAGAUGAUCAUGGGAACAGCAAUAGUAGUCAUGUAAAAAUCUUUUUACCGAAAAAGCUGCUUGAAUGUCUGCCGAAAUGUUCAAGUUUACCCGAAGAGAGGCACCGUUGGAACACUAAUGAGAGAUCAGGAUGCAGCCGUCCUUUUGGAUUUCUUUUUAUUAAUGUGUGACCCUUCACCUUUGAUCCCCUGACCUGCAUUACCUUGGUAACCAUUUCAUU